UGGAAAUUCAGGCUUCUUAGACUCGACUCACAGAGAGCAUUGAAGAAAUAAACCAAUGGCUUCCACUUCAGCUGUUUCAAUGGCUCUGCCUUUAGCUCGUGCUACUCCAUACAAGGGCCUUGGCUCCGAAUCCUUCUUUAAGCCGUUGUCACUCAAGCCAUCGGGGGCAGUGGCAAACGCAGCAAGAUCGAAUGGAAGGCUUCAAGUGAAGGUUGCAGCUUCACUCAAGGAGAAGGCAGUCAGCGGUUUGACAGCAGCUGCAAUCACGACGUCCAUGGUGAUCCCUGAGGUUGCUCAAGCUGCUGAAGGAGUUACCCCUUCUCUCAAGAACUUCUUGCUUAGCAUCGCUGCUGGCGGUGUUGUGCUUGUUGCCAUUAUUGGAGCUGUUGUUGGUGUGUCCAACUUCGACCCUGUGAAGCGGACCUGAACCAUUUUACUAUAAAAUGCUUAUAUCAUGCAUCGAUUGUUUUUUUUUAUAAACCUCUUUAUGUAUCGGAUUAAUGUUUUCUAGUAAUGAACUCUGCAUUUGGCUG